AUGGAGAUCUUACCUUCCUUUCCGACUUUUGAUUUACACGCUGAUGGGGUGCUUGCCCAAAGAUGGGAGAAGUGGAUCGAGAAGCUCGAAAUCUUGUUUGUGGCAAUGAACGUCACAGACAAAAAGCGCCAGCGAGCGUUACUUCUGCAUUAUGCUGGGGACUGCGUCUACAAUGUUUUCACGACAAUCAACGACACUGGCGACACAUUUACGACCACCAAGGGGAAGUUUAAAAAGUACUUCGAGCCCAGAAAAAUUAUUGCAUAUGCCAUAUAUACAUUCCGACAAUUGAAACAAAGCCGGGACGAGAAAAUGGAUGCAUUUGUCACUCGGUUGAGACAAGCUGCCCAACAUUGCAAUUUUGCAGACGCAGAUGCGGAGGUGAAGAAUCAAAUAAUUCAGAACUGUGCUUCUCAGCGACUCCGACGCAAAGCUCUAAAGGAUACAACGCUGACGCUCACAAAACUAAUCGAGGAGGCUAGAGCUAUCUGA